GUAGUUCUUUAGUAGAAAUCACGAUGAAGUAAAAAAUAAAUAAAUAAAAAAGCACCUCUACUAACACACAUUAUUAUUGUAGAACUACAACUCCCAGCAUGCCCAAACAGCCUACAGAGUUGUAGUUAUACAUCAGCCUGAGGCCUCUGGGUGGGAAUUACUGCUACAGGAUCCGCAAGUAUAUUCCCCGUGUGAAUGCGCCCCUAUUCAGUUUCCUGAUCCUUCGCAUGCAGCACGGGGACGCAGACCAAUCACAGCAGCUAUGAUAGUCACGUGCUGCCUCCCGUCCAAUCACCGGACGAGUAUACCAGUCCAAUAACGAACCCCUGAUGAGCCCGGAGCCCCCGCACGCAGAUUUUCUCACCUUUCUUUGGUCGGUAAUGACUCUCUGUACCGGAUUACGUUGUCGCCAUCUUUUAUUUUUUUAUAGGUAUUUUUUUUAACGUCAUGCGAGAAUCACGUGACAGGAAGCAGCAUCGGUCAUGUGAACCCAGGCUAACCCAGGAAUAGUUUGUUUUUGUCCCAGCCGCUGGUUUCCCCUGACAAUCACCAUGUCUGGGACCGAGAGCAUCCAGCUGGACUUCCCACACUACAGCUCUGUGCUCCUGGACACCCUGAACAAGCAGAGACUGGAGGGGAAGUUUUGCGACCUCUCCGUCCAGGUGCAGGAUCGCGUCUUCCAAGCUCACAAGACUGUCUUGGCGGCCUCCUCUCCUUACUUCCAUGACAAGCUGCUUCUGAACGACACCAACUGCUUGGUUCUACCCAGCGUCAUCCAGCCCGAGGCUUUCGAAAACCUCUUGCAACUCAUUUACUCUGGAAGACUUUGCCUCGAAAUGGAAACGUUACCUUCACACCUCUUGGUGGCCAGCGGUCUGCAGAUGUGGCAAGUGGUGGACCGAUGUUCUGAGAUUCUUAAGGAGCGCAAAGCCUAUGUCCCACAGAACUGGUCGAGCCGCGCCAGCGAAAGCCAGUCACCGAGCAGCAGCUUCCAGUUGCCAAGAGAUGACCCGCCGCCGCCACCACCUACAGUCACUUUGGGUUGCUCGGAUGACGAUGAAGUCAUAAAGGUUCGCGUUUCUGAAGAGGAGGAAGAAGAAGAAGAGGAGGAUGACUCGAAGAGCUUGAAUGUUCUCGAUGAGUCUGUGGCCACCAAUUGUUCUUACGCGCUGCCUUCUUCUUCUUCGUCACCCGAGAGCCCCAAAGUCAUCUACAUCAAGCAAGAGCGGACUGAAGAGGAUGGAGGAUACAUGAAGGCUUUCGAGAUCACCGAAGUUCAGGCCGAUUAUCCUUCAGAGCUGAGCUUCGUCAUCCCUCCCACAUCAUCGCCAUCCUCCUCCGACGUUUCUCUCUGUAUCCCUCGAAAACUCUACGGUGCCUCAGAACCAACCUCCUUCACGAUCUCCAAACCCGUGGACCUUCACGGAAAUGAGAUCGUCUCCCAAGCCCUUCAGGCUCAAGCUGUUCACGCUCCCGUUAAGCUUGUGGCCGCCCCAGACGGGAAAAAGUUUGGAUGCUUGUGCGGGAAGCGGUUUGCGGUAAAACCUAAGCGCGACCGCCACAUUAUGCUGACCUUCAGCCUGCGCCCGUUCGGCUGUUCCGUCUGCCACAAAAAGUUCAAACUCAAGCAUCACCUCACGGAACACAUGAAAACACACGGGGGGAACCUGUUCUCUUGUGAAGACUGUGGUCGCAAAUUCAGGGUGGAAAGCUGCUUCCAAAAGCACAAGGAAGUCUGCAAAGGACAGAGAUGGGCCGGGGCCUGCUGGACUUACAAAUAAUACCCAGAAGCCUACCACUGAAUCAACAGGGGCCUUUUUGUUAUAGAGAUUGACUUUUUAGUUGCGUUUUCUGGACCUUCCCGGAAUGAACACGUCCCCCAUAACCAGGAGAUUAGUCCUAGAUCUGUACGAUUGUAGCCUGGAUACUGCAUUAGAACUGCCGUGUAUUGAGUGCUGCCCUCUACUGGACUGCGCUCUCUGGAGGUCUAUAAGGAAUGUUGGUUUUAUUGUGGUAUAUUAUGAUAUAUCGAUAUCACAUCACUUUUAUUUUUCUUUUCUUUUGGCAGAGUCUUUAUAUUGUUUCACAUGGGACCUCCAAAUAGGAGGACCGAGAGCAGCUUGUCACUGGAUUACUCCAUCAUCUAUGGCGUUCUCGCGUUCCCAUUAAUGAUAGCCCAAAUGUUUUACCCAAUUUACGGUAUACGGCGGGGCGUCAACGUAUGGACAGCAGAUACGGCUUUAGGUCUUUGUGUAAAUAUACACAUGUAGCCACCAUGUAUGUCAUUGCGUGUCUGUAUAUACAGGGUUAGAGAAUGUUAGUAACACUGAUUACCUGCAAUAAUGUAUAACCCUAUGCUGUGUCAACUCCGCGGAGGAGUGACCUCACCUGUGAUGUCAGGGGGGCGGGCGGGGAGAAGGGUGUUAGGAGUCUACUGUCUGAACUAGUAGUGAGGGGGACUAUAAAUAAAGGCGGACAGGAAACAAGUACGAUUUAUUGCAGUUAUAUGGCUUUUUUUUUAGAAACCUUUUUAUCACUAGUGCCCUUCCAAUCAUGCCUCAGGGUGGUGCGCAGGUUUCAUACCUGCGUCACAUGGUUGCCACUUCUCAAGCUCGUUCCUCCGUUGGCUCAACGAACCAAGGUGACUAUUCCAGUGCCAAGAAUAGUGGAAGCUUGUGCCCGGUCCGUCACGUUGUAUGCAUCGUUUUGCAUAGAUCAUCGUUUUACAUCAUAGUUAUUGUUUUGUAUUCCUAAUAUUUGUGCCAUAUGCUGAACACCCGGGGUGCCGCAGGACAGAGCAGCAUUUCUGGCCCAGACCAAUAUAUGGUGAUUUUUUUUUUUUUUUUUUUUUUGUACAUCUGUGUGACAAAGCUUGAGGGUAGUUGUAGUUAUUGCAACAACUGAAGAGCCACAAGUGGGGCUGGACUGAUGGAGAAUGCUGGGGGUUGUAGUUCUGCAAGCUUACAGAUGCAGUUUAGGGAGGAUUGUCAGGGUAUGAUGGGACUUUAAGUUUGGUAAAAGCUGGAGAACCAUAGGUUAGGGUAGUAUCUCCCAACCAGGGUGCCCCCGGCUGUUGCAAAACUACAAUUUCCAGCAUGCCCGGAGCGGGCAUGCUGGAAAUUGUAGUUUUGCAACAGCCGGGGGCACCCUGGUUGGGAAACACUGCUCGACACUGCUCGUCAGGUGUGGAAACCCUGUAUUCAAAUAACCUAUUAAAAUGUAUUCACAUGUAGCAGAUCCAUUGCAGGAAUGUCUGAUAUGGUCUCCUUUUAUCCUGCAGAAGUCCAUGCACCUACAGCAGGAUCAACCAUGUUUAGAUGCAUGGGACGGAUAUUCAUUGAUGCAUGAUGGAUGUGUAUGGAGAAAGCUUGGGAUAUGACCCUGCUCCGUACUUGGUGGCUUCCAGCUAAUCUAUAGUAUCACACUGAUUUGUAUAAGCAAUCGAAGGAUUGCGUAUACAAGUCCGCAAGGGAAA